CAAGCGCUGCGUCGUCCACUUCCGGCGGCAAGGUGAACGAAAGGUGACCAAGCGAGAGCAGCUGAACCCAGUCAAAUUUCGGUAUGGGAGGCGGUGGGAAAAUCCAAGUACCUGACUGGAGACAGUAUAAAGUAGAAGGGAUAAAGGAACUUGAACAACUGCAGAGUUUACUGGCUGCAAGGGGCUUGAAAGAUCCAUGGAUACGAAAUGAAGUAUGGCGUUACCACCCAGACAACUUCCCAGGAGUAGGACGGGCGGCUUUGAAAAGUGUUGGAAGGGGAUUCAAGUGGGCGUUUCCAGCUGUUGUUGUCACGUUACUGGCUCAGAAGUUUAUUUUCAAAAAGGAUGACCAUGGUGGUCAUUAAGUGAGGCAACUGUUGCUGGACUGACAUUAUUUGUAAAUGAACUCUGGUAUCUCUGCCAUGUUGACUGACUGCUUAUACUGAGUUGUGGCAGCCAGGGAGACAACCAUGAUCCCAUUGAAAGCUUGGGUAGCGUGAAUCUGUGCUCUGUUAUAUUUACACAAUAGUUGUACUUGAAGUUUGAAGAGACAAGUAAAAUACAUAAGUCAUU